ACUAAGGUAAGGUAGACCAUUUCUCUCUGUCUCUCUUCCUUUGGCUAGUCUUGUAUAAGAAUUUUGAGUCGUUUUCUGGGGUGAUAAAAAAAAGAGAGAGAAGAAAAUCUUGGUGGGUUUAUAAGGAUGAUGUACGAACAGCAGCAGCAUAUGAGGAACAGGAUGGAGAGAAGGAAAUCCAUAGAGGAAGAGAGAUUGGAAAUAGUGGAUUUGAGUGGCAUGUCCUUGGAGUCUCUCCCUACUCCUUCCCUUAGUUUAGGCACUAUUUGCAAUCUCAACCUUUCCAACAACAAUCUUCAGAGCAUACCGGAGUCCUUAAUUGCGAGACUGCUUAAUCUGAUGAUAUUGGACGUGCACUCAAAUCAGCUUAAGUCGCUCCCAAAUUCGAUCGGUUGUCUUUCUAAGCUCAAGGUUCUGAAUGUCUCCGGCAACCUUAUUGAUUCCCUACCAAAAACCAUUGAAAACUGCAGAUCCUUGGAAGAACUGAAUGCCAACUUUAACAAGUUGAUGAAGCUCCCAGACACCAUUGGCUUUGAGCUUAUUAACCUCAAGAAGCUGUGUGUCAACUCAAACAAAUUGGUCUUUCUCCCAAGCUCCACCUCCCACCUGACCUCCCUGCGCGUCUUGGAUGCUCGCCUCAAUUGCCUCAGAUCCCUCCCCACAGACCUCGAGAACCUCGUCAACCUCGAAGUCCUAAAUGUAAGCCAAAACUUCCAGUACCUCGACACCUUACCCUAUUCCAUAGGCCUUCUCAUCAACCUUGUCGAGCUGGAUGUCAGCUAUAACAAGAUUACAACCCUGCCUGACUCCAUGGGUUGUCUCAAGAAGCUCCAGAAGCUCAGUGUGGAUGGGAACCCGCUCACUUCACCUCCUAGCGACGUGGUGGAACAAGGAAUGCAUGCUGUGAGAGAGUAUCUAAGUGAGAAGAUGAAUGCCGGCCACAAGAGCCCGCAAAAGAAGAAAUCAUCGUGGGUUGGGAAGUUGGUCAAGUAUGGGACCUUCAGUGGGAACACAAGACAUCAUGGCACUCACGAAGACCGCGAUGGGUUCAUCAUGCCCGACUAUCGGUCCAUUGAUGGCCUUGCUUCGCCAAGGUAUAUGGGGAUGUUCUCCCCACGUCGCCUCUUCUCUCCCCGGACAUACUUUACUAGAUGAGGUGCAAUCAACAGUAUCUUUGGAACACACAAAACCCUUAAUUUCUGAGUUAAGUUUCACUGUAAAUGUUUUAUUUGGGGUUUGAUUGUAGUGAUGUAGUUUUUUUUUAAGACUGUAAAUUAGUGUGUGUGGAUCGGAAAGAUGGGUGGGGCUGCUUUCACUGUAUCAUCUACCACGCUACCAUGCAAGACGGUUAUCAUGUUGGGGACACCAAAUAAACAUCAUGAUUAUUAGUUUCCCUUUGAAUGCUGUUUUUAUGAAUAUUAAGCCCUUUUCU